GCCGGCCAUACUUGAGUAUUUUUACGUAAUUGAAAUAGGCCAGGUACCAUUUAUGAUUUCGAAAUAUUUUAACUGCCGGGUAUGCAGUUUAAGGGCAUGUGUUUUUUAGUCAUACAAGUUUACUUUGAAACGAUCUAAAAAUGGCGAGCAUUAGUGGAUCUGGACUGGGAGUACUAUCUUUUCUUGCUUUCUUUAUGUGUCUCUCUGAAGUGCUAGUUGAUGCUGUAAUUUCGUCUUCGUUCGAAUUUGGGGAGGAUUGCGAUCCGGGCAUUGAAUUGAAAGAAGACGCAAAAAUUGCCGUGCGAUACAACGGAAAAAAAGUUUACGAUUGCGACUACUAUACCUUUGAACCAGCGGCAUCAACAGAGACUGGAAUUAGCUACAAAAUCUGUGUUAGACCUUUAAACUUUACAGACCCUGAUUGUUCUGUGCAGUUGAAGAUUACACCCACUUACCCUGGGGCCAGAGUGCAUACAAUCACCUGUGAUAAAGGAACCACCGCCAAUUUUUGUGGUGACGACGACAAGGGUCUUUUUAUAUAUUUCAAAGAACGUGGCUCUACAUCGACAAAUAAUGCCACAUUUAUGCUUCAGGUCUACGCUCAAAGAGUAGAUAAUAGCGCUAUAGUGUGGGGAGUUAUCGGAGGUGUGCUUGCAGCCAUUGUUCUCUUCUCUGCUGGUGCUGGCUUAGUAUUCUGGCGCGUAUGCAAACGAAAACCAGCUCAUGGUAGAGUACUCAACCCUGGUCAACCAAAUGCAGGUACUGCAGUAAAUCAGCCCGCAUACCCCUACGCUUCAUACUCCACACAAGCUGGAAAUCCAGUCACCAAUCUUUAUCCAGUAGGAAACUACCCUACACAGUACUCAUCGGGGAUAAAUCCGAAGUCCCAGUAUCAGUAUCAACCCCAGCCUCAAACUGCUUCCUAUCAGGAACCUGAAAAGGUGCCUUCUGCUCCCCCUCCAAGUUAUGACGAAGCGCAUCAGUGAUUCAUUACCCAUUUUAUAGCAAAAAUGAUUGACAAUUGAAUCUCAUAAAGUGCAAAGAAUGUUAUUUUUCUUUUUAACCACUGUUUUUAUCUACAGUGGGGCCUCAGAUAUCCGGACGCCAGAUAACCGGACGCUUCAGUUUACGGACGAUAUUAUUUGGGAACAUAUUUUUUAUACGUUAUUUUGUCUCAUUUUUCCGGAGUUUCGUGUUCCGGAUCCGGACGGUCUGUUUUUACCACAAAACACUGAAUUGCUACUAAUCUUGCUUCAUUUAACCGGACGGUAAAAUUUAAUGAUACCCUACUCAGUACAAAAGAUUACCCCUGUCAAUUAAGUUUCACACCUUUUUUACGUGCCAGACCCUCAUGGGUAGCUUUUAUAAACACACUGACUUCCGAAAUUACUUUCAAAAAUUGGAAAAUUGCGAUCAACAGUGUAUCACACACAUAUCACACUUGGACACAAAGAAUUUAGCUAGAUUCGGUUAUCAUUAUUGUCCAGUUAAUAUUUCAUGACAAAAAAAUAAAAUAAACCAGAGUUCUUUAUCUCUUAAAAACGUUCAUAUCAACAGACAACUCUAGCAUGUGUUGCUAUAUGGUAUUAAAGGCAAAAAAACCUAGUAUCAACACUAUCAUUAUCAUUCAUGACAACAUUAGACACAUUUCAGAUAUCCGGACGCUUCAUCUAUCCGGACGAUUGAACUUGGGAACGAAUUCGAAGGCGUCCGGAUAACUGAGGCUCCACUGUAUUUAUGUUGACUUGUUUUACAUGUAUCUGUUGCUCAGGAUUUUUUUAAUCACUCUCUAAACAAUGAACGCAAGUGAGCGUGAAUCAUUUUGCCCUUUUCUGAAAAUCAUGCAUUAAUAGAAUAUAAUAUUGAUUUUUUUUUUCUUACUUAAAUUUGCAGCUUAUGAAUAAUUAAUCUCUUUUUGGGUACUCUUAGAGGACUCAAUAGAUUUUUUUAUAUUUUUUCAAAGAUCUCAAAUUUUCACACCUUACAUGUAAAUAUAACUUACUUGAUAAAUAGAUCAUUUACUUAUAGCAUAUCAAUCGAAAAGAGCCUUAAAUAGAUGAAAACCAAAGAUGUAUCAAAGUGAUUAUUACCCAAGUUUUGAUAUGUAUUCAAAUAUAGGAGCAACUGAGUCUGUUGGAAUUAACAGGUAUUCAUCGCCUACUUAUGAAACUAUUGCAAUACCUAGAUCAGAAUUUUUUAGCAAAAAAUGUAUGUUUUUACAGUUUCCAUACGCAUUACGAUAUGUUACACAUCAAUUUCAAUCUUGUGUUGCAUCUUCUAACAUUUUACAUUUCACAACAUCAUCAGAUAUAGCAUAUUAAAAAACAAAUGUGACAUGUAUGUGGCAUAACUAAAGUUUACGAUUAUUUAGCAGGCAAAUGACAUGUUAAACUUAUUUGUGAGUUGUGAUAAAAACUACUGAACUUUACUUGUACGUUUGUCUGAUAAAAUUUAGGCUGUGUCAUAUUUCAUGAAAUUUCAUGAAAAGUUAUCAUGUUUAUUUAUCUUUAUUUCUGCUUGAUUUGCAAGUGAUUAAGGAAGUGGGAAAUUGUUUAGAGGUAACUUUAUAAAGUGUGUACAUGUAACACAUAA